GCCGCUGCUGAGCCGCGCCGUGCCGACCCGCGGAGGGCGAGCGGCGGCGCCGGGCACCCCGGGGAGUCACUGUCAGUCUGCAAAAAUGAUGAUUCCACAGAUUAUCAUUUUCCAUAGGAAAUGUGAAGAUUGUGAGCUGAACUAAAACAUUGGCAAAAAUCUCUUGAGAGAGUUUUGCCUUUUCUUCUUUGUGAAGGAUUAUGUUUACAAGAAAUUGAUACCAUCAAGUGACACUUUUUGAAAUAAUUUAAGAGAAACAAAGAAUCAAGCUGUAUUUAUGCUCAGAGAAAACUGGAUCAACAAUGAGGCCAAAGACUUUUCCUGCUACGACGUAUUCUGGAAACAGCAGACAAAGGUUGCAAGAGAUUCGAGAAGGUUUAAAGCAGCCAUCCAAAUCUUCAGGUCAGGGGCUGCCAAUUGGAGCAGGCAGUGAAACUUCUCUGGAGCCUAAGAUUUUAAUAGGGAAGGAUGCUGCAAGGCAGCAGCAGAUGAGACAAACGCCCAAGUUUGGACCAUAUCAGAAAGCUCUGCGAGAAAUCAGAUAUUCCCUGCUGCCCUUUGCUAAUGAGUCCAGCACCUCAGCAGUCGUGGAAGUCAACAGGCAGAUGCUCCAGGAGCUGGUGAAUGCAGGUUGUGAUCAGGAGAUGGCUGUCCGGGCACUGAAGCAGACAGGGAGCAGAAGUAUUGAGGCAGCCCUGGAGUACAUCAGUAAGAUGAGCUACUUGGAUCCCAGAAAUGAACAGAUAGUACGUGUAAUUAAGCAAACCUCACCAGGAAAGGGUAUUGUGCCAAAUAAUGUAACCCGCAGGCCAAGCUUUGAAGGAUCAAAUGAAUCUUUUCCGUCCUACCAUCAGAUCAGUAAUGCAGCCUAUGAAGGGACAGGCUUUGGAGCAGAAGGUGCAAAUAUGCUUGCUGAGGUUCCCAGGCCAUACAUGGACUAUUUAAUCUCUACUUCUCAGUCUUCAGCUAUGACUGCUCCUGUGCAGCGACCCUCUGGAGUAGGCACUCACAGCACACCAACAAGCCAUCAGCAGAAAGCAUACCCUGCAAAUAUGGAGUCUUCUGUGAUUAAUUAUCCAGUGGCUAAUCACAGCAGUCAGGCCCUGCAGCUGCAGGCGUCCCAUGGCUGCAACAGCCAACAUUACACCAGGCAGCACAUGAUGGUGCAGGGGGAACCUAUGGGAUAUGGUGUUCAGCGGAGUCCAUCCUUCCAAAACAAGAUGCAGCAGGAGGGGGGAUAUGCCAAUCUCCCAAAUAAAGGGGCAGUUGUUCAGAACAACACUGGUCAUGCAUUUCAGCAGGCACCAGCAAGCCUGUAUAUCUCACAUUCUCACCACAAGCAGACAAGUCCUUCUUCUCAUCAAAUGCAUGUGAUAUCCAGAGGUCCAGCCUUUGCUAAUGAUUUUUCAGACAGUCCACCACAAAAUCUACUGACUCCAUCUAGAAACAGCCUAAACAUGGACCUCUAUGACAUGAAUAAUCCUCAAAUUCAGCAGUGGCAGGCAGCAACACCAUCACGCAGAGAUUCUGUACAAAACCCAGGAAUAGAAACAUCUCCACGGCAACAUGUAUCCUUCAGACCUGAUGCCGCAGUGCCAAGCAGAACAAACUCCUUCAACAACCACCAGCAACAGCCACAAGUGACCGUGUCUAUGAGACAGGUUCCUCCAGGAAAACCCGAUCCUUCCAUCACGUCUCCAAACACAAUCACGGCAGUCACGUCAGCUCAUAUCCUGCAGCCAGUGAAGAGCAUGCGCGUGAUGAGACCAGAGCCUCAGACUGCAGUGGGACCGUCCCACCCUGCGUGGCUGCCGGCACAGGCACCGGCUGUGGAUGGCCUGGAGAUCAUGGAGCAGCACGUGCCACCGCCUGGAGCAGCUAAUGCCUACCAGCUCGAUGUGGAUUACGGUAACCAGGAGCUGCGCUGUCCACCCCCGCCCUAUCCCAAGCAUUUGUUCCUUCCUGGCACCUCUGAGCAGUUUGAUAUCAACUGCUUGUGCACCGGCGUGGAGCAGACUCUGCGUGUGGUCCCCACUUCAACAAGCAACAAGGCUGAAGAGAGCAGUGAGAGAAAUGACAAAAGCAGCAAGAGCGCUAAAGCUGAAAAACCAAGCAAAGAUAAAAAGCAGAUUCAGACGUCUCCGGUGCCUGUGCGAAAAAAUAGCAAAGAUGAGGAAAAGCGAGAAUCCCGGAUAAAGAGCUACUCACCUUUUGCCUUCAAGUUCUACAUGGAGCAACAUGUAGAGAAUGUCAUAAAGACCUACCAGCAGAAAAUUAACAGAAGGUUACAAUUGGAGCAAGAAAUGGCAAAAGCAGGCCUCUGUGAAGCAGAACAGGAACAAAUGAGGAAAAUUCUCUACCAGAAGGAGUCCAACUACAACAGACUUAAAAGGGCCAAAAUGGACAAAUCUAUGUUUGUGAAAAUCAAGACUCUGGGUAUUGGUGCAUUUGGAGAGGUGUGCCUGGCCUGCAAAGUGGACACCCAUGCCCUGUAUGCCAUGAAGACUCUGCGGAAGAAGGACGUGCUGAACCGGAAUCAGGUGGCUCAUGUCAAAGCAGAGAGGGACAUACUUGCUGAGGCAGACAAUGAGUGGGUGGUUAAACUCUAUUACUCCUUCCAAGAUAAAGACAAUUUGUACUUUGUGAUGGACUACAUCCCUGGUGGGGAUAUGAUGAGCCUGCUGAUUCGGAUGGAGGUCUUCCCAGAGCGUCUGGCUAGAUUUUAUAUUGCAGAGCUCACUUUGGCCAUAGAGAGUGUGCACAAAAUGGGAUUUAUUCAUCGAGAUAUCAAGCCUGACAACAUUCUGAUAGACCUCGAUGGGCAUAUCAAACUGACUGACUUUGGACUGUGUACUGGAUUCAGGUGGACUCACAAUUCAAAAUACUAUCAGAAAGGGAGCCACAUCAGACAAGACAGCAUGGAGCCCAGUGAUCUUUGGGAUGAUGUGUCCAACUGUCGAUGUGGAGAUAGGCUGAAGACAUUGGAACAAAGAGCUAAGAAGCAGCACCAGAGAUGUCUGGCCCACUCAUUAGUUGGAACCCCUAAUUACAUUGCUCCUGAAGUCCUGCUUCGUAAAGGAUACACUCAGCUCUGUGACUGGUGGAGUGUUGGUGUCAUCCUUUUUGAGAUGUUAGUGGGACAGCCUCCUUUCCUGGCUCCUACACCCACAGAAACCCAGCUGAAGGUAAUAAAUUGGGAAAGCACACUGCACAUUCCCUCACAGAUCAAGCUGAGCCCUGAGGCAACUGAUCUGAUCACAAAGCUCUGCUGUGCUGCUGAGGACAGGCUUGGAAGAAAUGGAGCAGAUGAUAUUAAAGCCCAUUCUUUCUUUCACUCUAUGGACUUCUCUACCGAUAUCCGUAGGCAGCCAGCUCCCUAUGUUCCAAAGAUCAGCCAUCCAAUGGACACUUCAAAUUUUGAUCCAGUUGAAGAAGAAAGUCCUUGGAGUGAUGCUAGUGGUGACAGCACCAGGACCUGGGAUCCACUAGCCUCUUCCAACAACAAACACACAGAGCAUGCUUUUUAUGAGUUUACUUUCCGAAGAUUCUUUGAUGACAACGGGUAUCCGUUCAGGUAUCCCAAACCUUCUGGAAUGGAAGUUUGCCAGUCUGAGAAGUCUGAUGUAGAAGACAAAGGUGUGGUAGAUCAGACUGGAGCUUGUCAGCCUGUAUAUGUGUAAAUUAUUGUAAAGAGUACUCUAGAUAAGACUAAUCUCAAAUCCAAUAGGGCCUUUAACUGAUCCUUUAGGAGCUGAUCCUGCAGCACUUGUGUACCUUCAGCUGAGGCUGGAGACAUCCUGGGGAGUAAAAGAAGCUUGCAGGGCCAGUUCCUAAAGAUGGCACUCUUGAAAGUUCAGGUCAGUUCUACUGUAAAUAACUUUGUUGAUAGUUACACUUGAAAUCCUGGUCUUCACCAAAAUCUGCAAGGCCAGCAGUCUGUCAUUUCUGGCCUAUUUUAUUUGAGGUCAGCAUCCCCC